AUGGCGCCCGUGGAUGACAUCGACGAUGCGUGCGAAGGUGAAGCACCUGCCGCCGAUGCUCCAGCAGAGGAGGAGGAGCAGGAGGAGGAGGAGGAGCAGGAAGUGGUGAAGACGGCAUCCGGCUGGGAGGAGAUGAUGGAAGGGAAGAUCCGCAAGCGGGUGAUCAAAGAAGGCAGCGGCGACUAUCCCGAGCUUGAGAACGACAUCUUGUGUACCGUCGAGGUGCGGGUGCAGGGCUCCGAGGAGUUGCUGCAGAAGCGAAAGACCGUUCGCUACAGAAUAGGCGAGUCUGAAGCCAUCCCGGCCCUUGAGCUCGUCCUGAAGCACAUGAGAGUCGGAGAAGAGGCCGAGGUGCUGGCAAUCAGCCGCUUUGCCUGGGGCCCGGGCGGUUGUCUGGGUAUUGGCGAUGAGAAGCCAGUGCCCGCUGACGCGGAUGUUCAUCUCCGGGUGCACCUGAUGGAUAUCUUUCCUGCUCCCGGCCAGUGCGGGCGAGCUGAGUGGACCCGGCAGCUGCAGGAGCUGGAGUGGCGAAAGUCGAAUGGCAACGACCACUUCAAGCGGCAGAACUGGGCGGCUGCUGCCCGCUGCUAUGAGAGGGGCAUGGAGGUCUUCAGCGAAGCACCGGUGAAACCGCCGCCGGAGCUGGGACGUGGUGGCGAAGCAGCAGCAGCCACGGCCACGAAGACGAUCGCAGACAUUUCCUCGAACCUGGCUGCAGUCUACCUAAGCCAAGGCCGUGCCCGUGAUGCCUUGGAAAAGGCCGAGUUAGCCCUGGACUUGGUGCCGAAGCACGAGAAAGCCUCGUACCGGAUUGCCAAGGCGGCACUGCUCCUGGGCGACUUCGAGAAGUGCCAGUCGAAAUUAGAGGCGCUGCGAGCGCUGCAGCCCGAGGAUACCGGGGUGAAGCGCCUAGCUGCGGAGCUGGAGCGUGCGCAGACCAAGCACGCCAAGAAGAGCGUUGACUUCGGUAAAGCGAUCCUGGAAGCUGCUGGCGAGGGCCGGGAGUACGUCGAGAAGCCGCCGGAAGAGCCUUUACCGAGCUUCUUCCAGGAGAUGCUGAUGUCCUUCAUGCCCACAAAGAAGCAGUUCUUGGUGCUUUGUCUCUUACUGGUCCUGUCUGCCUUGGCCAUCGUCUUCGCUCCGCAAAGAUUUCGGCCUCAGGUCAUCGUGGCUUGCGUUCUCGGCUCUACUCUGAUGUUUGCGGUUUACAUGGCCGUCACGACUGUAGAGGACGAGAUGAAAGAGGAGAAGGCCACAAAGAAGAAGAGCUGA